AGGAUAGGAACGGAUAGGAGAGGUUUUUUUCAAAACAUUUUGUUUAUGAAUAUAACAAUAGAUUAUUUUCAGAGAUGCAAUUUUUCACAACAAAAGCCGUCAUAUUUCAACCGGUGUCUAAAACAUGAAUGCUAAAGCCAUCUGUUGCAAUAAAAGUCAAAAUGGGCAAUCUGAAACUGUAUCCCAAAAUUUCAUUGCAGUUAUUGAAAAUCUGCACAUCAUUCAAUACUUGAAUCAUUUACUUGUUUUUCGGAAAGUAUUGACUGCGUAAGACUAGUCGUUGGAAUCAGCAAAUACAUAUUUAUUUGCAAACUUUAUUUCACUGAACGGCUUUAUGGCAAACGUCGGCCUUUUAUCGUAGAAAAUUAAGCGGAGUUGUUUGAAAAAGCUUAGUUAUACAGAACAUUCAUUAAAAAUUCUUUUGUUUCAUAAAGAAACAAAGUACAGCUGGUUCUUGCCUCAAAAUUGAAAGAUCCGCGAAUAUUUGAUUUGACGAAAUAUAGCCUUCAUCUUUCUACGCUUUUAUGUUUUGUGUUGAUUUCAUGGAUGCUGCAAAAAUCUUGAAAGAUGUUUACAAAUCGUGUCUGUGGAAAAAGUAAAUUUGAAUACAUGAUUUAAGAAAAGACGAUUUUUGAGCUUGCCUGUCUUCAAAAGCCAAUGUUUUGCGUUUGUGGAUGGUAAACAAAUUGUAUUUGGUGCUAACAAUAAGGUUGAAACAUAGAUUAGCAUAUCAUUGCACUCACUGGGCAAAUUUUGUGGUGCUUGCAUACCUGAAAAUUGGCUUUGGAUAGAAACCUAAUGGAAAGGAUAAGAAACAGGUUGUAUGAGGCGAAGGAAAGGUUCGAGAACCAUGUUAAAAAAUUCGGAAAGGGGACUUUCCUGGGAUAUUCGCUGGCUAUUAUUCCUCGCUUCUUUUUCGUGUUCCACGCCGUGCUUUCAGUUCGUUUAUUGGAGAAAUACAUGAAAUAUGAGACGAUACAUGCAAAUGAUAAAGAUAUUCUGGUUGCAACGCAGAUACCGAUUUCGCCUCUUUUUGCUGGACUUAUACUCCUUGGGUUUGAGUCUCUGUACACUUUGGUAGCAAGGAAAGGACAUGAGUAUAAACACAUAUGGUUCAGCGGAUUUCUUUAUCUUGUUACGGAAAUACCUGUUAUAUUUUGUCUCGAGUACGCAUUCUUUAAAAAGAGGAAGAUGUACUCAGAUCUUGCAAAAACAGUUGCUUCAAACGGCACAGCGAAUAUUGCUGUACUUACAAAACCACCUUAUGAACCGGAUACGUAUGUGAACUGCUUCCACCCUGCUCUACAGUUCAACUGCACUGAACAAUUCAUCAGGAAGUUUGCUGAGCUUGGGCUUAUAUGUGUCAUCAUCAUUGGUCGCUGGAUGCUUCCACGGGGAGAACUGACACGUGACCAACUGUCAGCUCUUCUGAUUGGCUACGUGAACACAGCAGCAGAUUUGACAGAGUUUGUAGGCCUUUUGACUAAGACUGAAAUUAACAGUCAGAAAACAGUGGUAGUUGUUGUGUUGGUUAUAUACAGCCUCAGUCUGAUGCAGUUCACUGUAGUCACAACAAGCACAACGUACGAAUACUCUGAAUCUGAGAAAGAGGAGAUAAACUAUCUUACCAGAAAUCUCACACAACACCGAGUACAGAGCUUCUUGGAGCCAAGGGCUGUAAAAAUGCGACAAUCAGAUAUGUCGAGGAGCGUCGACAAACUAGCUAAAGAUGUGUUUCGCACAGGACAAAGAGUUGGCAGGAGAGGACGAGCUGUCUUGCCAGAAUCAGGUGCUACAGGGCAAAACACGAUGAAAGAGAAAGGGCAAAACAAAAAAGGAAAAGAAAAGCUUGUUAAAGAUAUUAUUUAUGAAGAAUCCGAAGAGGUUUGGGAAAAGGAAAACCAGUUUCAAGGCCAAAAGAAUGACAAAGAAAAGAUUGCUAGUGAUGGGUUGAAUGAAAAAAUUCAAUAUGAUGUUAACUGCAAUGAGCCGAAAAAUGGCGCAAAAAGAAUGAAGGCUGAAGCUUUUGAAAAAUGGCAGUCGGACCUCCACGUCUCAAUUCGCCUUGAGAGAGUUAGGAAGUCUGUCACUCAAGAGAAUUGGAAAGAUCUCUCGGAUACAUUGAAGAAUUUAAAAAGGAAGCGAUAUGAGCAAAAGCAUGAUAAUCUUGAAUUUGAUGAAAAUCUAAAGCAGUACCCAUCAGAAAUUUUGUCACCUGAAGAAGAUUUUGAUGACAGUGAUGACCAGUCUUCGUGGAGCAAAUGGAUUGAGGUUGUUCAAACUGAAAUGGGUGGAUUGUUGAUAGCUUUGUUGCUUCAAGAGAUUCCGUUCUUCUUCACAAGAGUUGCAUUUAUGUAUAACUACAGACUCUUCGAUAGAGGCCUUAUCUUUUAUACAAUCAAGAACUUCUUUAUGUUAAGCUUCUUGAAUUAUAGAUUAUGGGUGGCAACAACUGAUGAUUGAGAUGUAUCUCUAUCGUGGUAAAAACUAAAAGGCCUGUUGACACUUGCCUCUGCCUCACGACAAAAUCUUUGUCCCUCUUUUGAAGAGAACUGCCCAUUUUCAUGCUCUAUGAUAAGCAGCGAUGCCCCAUUUAUCGUGCUCCCCAACUUUGAGCCCCAUAGCUACUACGCCCAUUGUUAAUCCUGAUAUCAACGAUUCUUGUAGAAGUAACAAAAAGUGAAAUAUAAGAUCUUGAUGAUAAAACUAAUGAAAAAAAUUCCCCUGAAAUCAGCAUUCCUGAUUGUUACUUUUCAGGUAUUUCUACCCUUCUUUAAAGGCAUUCGAUCGAUGCAGGUAAAAGUGGCUUACAGCCACUUGACCCCCAGUAGUUGACCAAUCAAAUUGCCCACAGAGAAAAACAUGUGAACAGUCUCCGCCUUUCUGCAAAUCGGCGAAAUCCUAAAGUGGUUUCACGUGAGUAGUUUAAAAUUCCUAUCAAACGCGCGUGCUCUAACCGAGUUAUUUUUGGAUUCGCUGUACUUAUGCAUGUCAAAUGCCUUUAAGAUUUGUAAAGUUAGCUAAACUUUGUUGACCUUUUUCUUUACCAUCCCUAAAUUCAAAAUACAAGAUAUUGCACAUUAAACUACUUCAGGAAAGACUGGCAUAAAUCUUUGAAACACUGUAUGAAUAUGUUAUUAAAAAACUAUAACAAAAAGCUAUGUAUAUUUUAGUUUUUUGUCUAAUCGAAAAGGAUUUUAAAUGAUGUUAUUUGAGCCGAAGUAUUGCAGAUUAUAUCUUAAUGUUAGUUCAUUUUCGUCAAAAAUGACGUUAAAGCGAUCUGUUUGCUUGAACGUGAUCUUGUUUUAAAAUGUAUCACUGAUAAAAGUAACUGAAUAUUAUUCACAAAACUAAACGUACAAGCCACUACAAAUAGAUUUCCAUUUCAUGAGGUGAAGUUUCGAGCUGUUGGUCUUGCAAGCUGGCCAGCUGACACAAAAAUUUUGGUGCAUUUUUGCUUUGUGGGACUUGAGUUCUAAUUGUAGCCAAUCAAAACGCACCAUUUAUCUCUUUGGUUUUCUGAGAAACCCUGACAGAAUUAUUUAUGGCGGUAAUUCUCGAAAAUGCUAUAGAAAAUUCGCCUCCUCUUAAUACCUUAAUUGUUGAAAUAGGUAUACUAAACAAACCGGAAUAACUGAUCCUGAUCAGAAGACUGGUUUUGAAAUUUCGAUUUUUCUAUUGCCUUCAAAUAAACAUCAACUAAUCAACGAUUAAAUCUUCUACAAUCAACAUCCAACGUUUGGUGCAUCCACUGCAGCGCUAUUCUCUCAAAAGAGAGUGCAAUAUACAAAUGGUGUCCUGGAAAAGUUUUGCAAUAUUUUUAGUCUUUUUCCAGACAUUUGCCAACGCAUAGGCACUCAAAAUGAGGUAGGGAAUAUGAAGGUAACCCAGCCCGAAAGCGAUACGUACGGCAUACCUGUACACUGUAAGAUUACAGUUGACGUUAUGGUUACAUUCGAUGAUUGCUUCAUUGCUGAUAAUAUCCACAUACUGGAAUCUUGGAAUUUCCAAUAAUUGGUUGUGCACAAGUCUACUCUGCUCUGGCAUUUGCGCCCGGGGGCCUUUUCGUCACUCAUUGUGAUAGAUGAAAAUGGUACGGUCAUUGUUGCCUCAAGUUUCAUUAUUACACUUACUACACUACAUGAAAUUUCGCCUGUGUUUCUUACCUUUCUCAAUAGUGAAGCAAAUUUUGUUAUUUAAAAGGGAAUCACAGUCAUUCAUAAUGAAAAUCUCUGCGUAAUCAAGGCGAUUAUCUUAUACAGUAAACACCCGCAUAACAUAACAGAAACUAGUGGAUAAGCCUGGAGUCCGAAUAGGUUUUUAUUUGUGGAAAACACCAAAUUACAGUAAAAUUCUAGUUGCUUAGUCAUUGACAUUAAACCUUUAGCUGAUAUUAUAAAUGCUUCAAAAUAUCUAUAUUAAUGUAGUAUUGUUCUAUUCAUUAUUUUACUCCAAUUAAAGUCAUUGGUGGACUCCUUUUUGCUCGACUAUCCCAGCACCUUUUGUAUGUAGUAGGGGUUUCCACAAAUGAGUUGAUAAACCACUGGAAUCCCAAGACUUAUAGCCCAAGUAAAUAAUAUGCUUGAUGUUUUAAUUGGAACAAAAGAAAUCUGUGAAAGCCCAGAACCAAUUAAAGAGCGUAAACAGCCUUAUUCCCUUUUAAAUACCCAAUAUAUGAGAACCUAGUCAGACUGACUUAGUCAAGUUUCUUAUAUGGUGAAGGUUACUGUAUUGUAUACCAGGUGAACGUUGCUCUGACGCAUCCAAAUCAAAGUGAAGCAUGUAAAUUACAUGUUAGAUUAAAGUUGUAGUUAGAAACAAAAGACCUCGAGCUUGUAAGUAUCUUUUAUGCAUAAAGUUAACGCCCAAAAGGUUCCUUGAGUUAUUCUGUAUUCUGUUUGCUCACAAUAAACCCACAGUGUUGUUUACAAAACAGAAUGGUUAAAUAUUUAAUUGCAACUGUCGUAAUAUGUCAUCUUAUUUUAUCGUUGCAUAGCGACAAACAUUCAGCUUGUUAAUAUCUUGAUUUCUCUGUGCUUAUUUCUGCUAGGAAGAAAGAAGUCUUUGAGAUUAUUUACGAAACACUAAAAAAGGCUUUUGUUAAAGAAAGAAUCCAGACAGGUUAGAAUACUCUUUGCUUAAAUGAAAAAACCAGAAAGAAUCCCAUACAAAGAGGUAUAUGGAAAUUCGCGAACAAGACAAAAUGCCCUAACCUUGAUAUAUUUUGACAUUAAAAGAACGACAUAAUUGUUGUAGGUAUAUUCAGGAAAUGUCUGGUUGAGUGACGGGACCAAGUAAGUACAAGUAGCUCUCAGGGUGCACCACAAAAUGUUUUCGACAUGUAACAUCAUUUCAGAAAUAGCUUUUUUCCACUUGGACUCUUCAACUUUGUCAAGGGUAAGCGGUCACUGAUUGGUCAAAUAACAACCAAUCAGACGCGUAAUUCUUUCUCCCUCGCUACUUUCGAUCCACGCCUGGAAAUCUG